GCAUUUGUCUUCUCUGAAGCAACAAAUUUAGCUCAACAAUGGAAGCGUUCUCUUCCUUCUUUGACUCUCAGAAUCGUAGGCGUUGGAGCUAUGAUUCUCUCAAGAACUUCCGUCAGAUCUCCCCGGCCGUACAGAAUCAUCUUAAACGGGUUUAUCUGACGUUAUGCUGUGCUCUUGUUGCAUCUGCAUUUGGAGCUUACCUCCAUAUGAUCUGGAAUAUUGGUGGAAUUCUCACUACUCUCGGAAGCUUUGGAAGCAUGAUCUGGUUGCUUUCAACUCCUCCGUAUCAGCAAUCAUCAAAGAGGCUUUCCCUUCUGUUUCUCUCUGCUGUUCUUCAAGGUGCUUCAGUUGGUCCUUUGAUUAAAGUGGCCAUUGAUGUUGACCCAAGCAUCCUGAUCACUGCAUUUGUGGGAACAGCAGUGGCAUUUGUGUGUUUCUCGGUUGCAGCAAUGUUGGCAAGGCGUAGAGAGUACCUUUACCUUGGAGGUCUGCUUUCUUCUGCUCUGUCCAUUCUUAUGUGGCUGCAAUUUGCCUCUUCCAUCUUUGGAGGCUCAGCAUCUGUCUUCAAGUUUGAGCUAUAUUUUGGACUGUUGAUCUUUGUGGGAUACAUGGUGGUGGACACACAAGAGAUAAUCGAGAAAGCACACCUAGGUGACAUGGACUAUGUGAAACAUUCUCUGACCCUUUUCACUGAUUUUGUUGCUGUGUUUGUUAGAAUUCUCAUCAUCAUGUUGAAGAACUCUGCUGACAAGAAAGAGAAGAAGAAGAAAAGAAGAAACUAAAACCACCAAAACAGAGUGUUUAAACGAGCCAUCCUCUGUUUCCACUUUCCCCUCUGACUCUGUAUUUGCUAGUGGAUCUCUGUUAUGACUAAUACAACAAAAUUUAGAUU